CAAAAGCUUGGUGCUGGGUUUGGAUUUAGACCACUAACGGAUAUAUUUUGUUCAUUCUCGAAGGUGAGUAUGGCGGAUUCUAGUGAUGAUGUGAACAGAAGUGCUGCAUGGCCAGUUAUUUUAAAUUGCUCAUUCAGGAGGGUGAAAUUGCAAGACUGCUACAGAAUCACAAAGUUAGAGUUUCUGAGAACACUAUACAAGAUACUUGCAUCUUUCCACUGUCAUCAGUAGCGUUUAUGAUCGUAAAAUUGAAUGAAGCAACAACUAUCUGGCCACCAAACACCCCGUGGAAACUACAGCCAGAUUUAGUAGAAAGAAUUGAAAGAUUUAAUACAGUUCAUCGCCAUGGUCACUUAGUAUUAAUGGCUACCUUGUUUGGGCCUCAUGAAUUGUCAGUUUUCACAGCAGUCCAAGAAAGAUUUAUGAAUACUAAACUAUCAAUACUGCCAGCUCACAACACCAAUGAAGCUGUAGAUAACAUGUUGACAGUUGCAAAGAGUGGUUGUGCUACACUGAGUAAGAUUGCCAACGCUACCAGGGAAGAAUUAUUGGACUGUAGUUUAGACUCCGCCACUGUUCAACACAUCCUGCAGUUUUUUGCCAAGGAUUGCAUAUUGCUGUAA